UGAGGCCUCCCGUCCCAUGAUCCUUUCCCUUCUCCAGCUCUGUAUCAUUUUCGCCAAUCACCUUUCCAGCUCUUUGUUUCCCCCCACCCCCUCCGGUCUUCUCCUAUCAUUUCGCAUUUCCCCCUCCCCCCACUACUUUCAAAUCUCUUACUAUCUUUCCUUUCGGUUAGUCCUGACGAAGGGUCUCGGCCCGAAACGUCGGCAGUGCUUCUCACUAUAGAUGCUGCCUGGCCUGCUGUAAAAGCAUUCUGAAUCAGGAAGUGCUAGGAGUUAAUAUGGCUUCGAAAGGACCGGUCGAGAGUUUGAGCGAGGAGGUUAUUUGUCCCAUCUGUCUGGAUUUCUUCACCGAUCCGGUUACACUGGAGUGCGGACACAACUUCUGUCACUCUUGUAUCACAAAGUAUUGGGAAAGGGAGAAGAGAAACUCCUGCCCGGAAUGCAGAGAGGUGUUUGCUGACCGCACCCUCAGGGUGAAUCGGACCUUAGGAAAUCUGACACAAGAAGUUCGGAAUCUAAACCUAAAUCCGAAAGGGAAGGAAAGUAAACGUCACUGCGAGGAACAUGAGGAGGAACUGAAGCUGUUUUGUGAAACGGACAAGACACUGAUCUGUGUGAUCUGUGCAGCUGCGCAGGAACACAGAGAGCAUCGAUUUGUGCUGAUUGAAGAAGCUGUUAAAAACUACAAGGAUCAGCUAAAAUCUUCCUUAGACUCUCUCACAAAAAAGAAAUCAGACUUCCAGGAAAAGGAGCAACAACAGAAAGAGAAGAUUUCCGGAGUUCAGGAACAGUCACACAGCCUUCAGUCCCACAUCACAUCCCAGUUUGCUGAACUGCGCCAGAUUAUCACUGAGAAAGAGCAGAGCUUACUCAGGGAUCUUAGGGAAGAAGAGAAGAGGAUUCUCGACACAAUGGAGGAAAAUCUUCUAGCUCUUCAAAAGAACAUAAGGGUUAUUCAGGAGGAAAUCACUAAGCUAAGGGAACAGACAGAUCAAAAAGACAGUGUGAUAUUUCUCAAGGAGGAAGCUCAUCGUAACAAGAGGAUUAAUGACGAUGUCCAGGAAUUGUCAGUGACAGAUGAGGCCCUACCGGUUGAAAAAUUUGAUCACCUCUAUUUGUUGAACACAUUGCUGAGAGAAACACUUGAUGCCAUUAAUCGAGUCUCUGUCACCCUGGAUGUGGAAACGGCGAGUCCGUAUCUCGAGGUGUCUGAGGAUCGGAAGAGUGUGAGACUGACCGGGACCCGGAGGAAUCUCCCUGACACCGGGAAGAGAUUCACAAACUGGUUUUGUGUGCUGGGAUCAGAGGGAUUCACAUCGGGGAGACCUUACUGGGAGGUGGAGGUGACGGGGAAUCGGGACUGGUGUCUGGGAGUCGCCGCAGAGUCUGUGGAGAGGAAGGGACCGGUCAGUCUGAGGCCGGAGACCGGAUUCUGGGUCAUCGGGCGGGUUGAUGACGUGUUACAUCGGGAUUGUGACGUGUUCUGUGUCCCCCCCUCCCCCGAGACCCGUCUCCCGAGCGGUCCCGUCCCCGGGAUGGUGGGAGUUUAUCUCAGUUACGAAUCCGGGACAGUUUCAUUUUCCAACGCGGAGACCAAGUCCCAUCUCCACACCUUCACUGGGAAUAAAUUCACGGGGAAACUUUAUCCAUUCUUCCGGACUGGGGAUGUAAACCAGUGGCUGAGAAUCUGCUCCGGUUCCGCUCCGGGUCUGUAAACGGGUCAGGUCACGGGAUCGGCGUCAGGAGUAAAGUCCCUGUAAAUAUAAAUAAUAUGCGGAGAGUGCAGCAAAAUACGUGGCUAAGGAGAUGGUGCAGGAGGGAGGGCUUCAUGUUUCUGGACAAUUGGGCUUUGUUCCCGGGAAGGUGGGGCCUGUUCCGACGGGUCGGUUUGCCCCUGAACUGGAGGGGGAAUAACAUUCUUGCGUGUAGAUUUGCCAGUGCUGCUCGGGGGGGGGGGGGGAGAUUUGUAGAGGGAGAGUUACCAGAGUGUUAGAGCAGAUAGUGAGGUGGAGGAGGAUAAAGGUCAUGCGAGGACUGCAUGUACGGACAGAAAUCAAAGGUUUUACAUUAGGUUGUAAAUUAAUUUUCAGAACUUAUUGUAGAAAACAAAGAUUUCCAGAAAUAUUUUGAUGAAGAACAUGACCAAAACAUAUGUGAAAAAGCGGCUACUUCAGUUUUAUACCUACCGCAAUAAUUGUCUAUGUUAGGAAAUAUUUUGGAUAGUCUGUCCUCUGUUAAAUAGUAACAGUGAACAAUUUUAAAUUGAAUUAAACACUCAUUGGCACAUAUUAAAGAAGAAUUGACCAUCAUUAACAAAGGUCAUAUUAAGUUCUCUCUCCCAAUGUUGUUUCAUUUUUAGCGA